UCAUUUUAGCUGCAGACAUUCAAGACUGCCUCUCCUUGUCAAGAUGUCAAACAGCUCACUAAUGGAGUUACCAUGGCACAAGUUCUUCAUCAAAUUGAUGUAGCUUGGUUCAAUGAAUCUUGGUUAAGCCGAAUUAAAGACGAUGUUGGGGACAACUGGAGAAUAAAGGCUAGUAACUUAAAGAAGGUCCUUCAAGGAAUUAUGAGUUAUUACCAUGAGUUUUUGGGACAGCAGAUUUCUGAAGAACUUAUCCCUGAUUUAAACCAAAUAACUGAAUGCUCAGAUUCUGUGGAGCUUGGGAGGUUGCUCCAGCUUAUUUUAGGUUGUGCAGUCAACUGUGAAAAGAAGCAAGAACAUAUUAAAAAUAUAAUGACACUGGAAGAAUCUGUUCAACAUGUGGUCAUGACUGCUAUUCAAGAGUUAAUGAGUAAAGAAAUAGUGAGCUCUCCUACAAGUGAUGCUGUUGGAGAAUUAGAGCAACAGCUUAAAAGGGCUUUGGAAGAACUUCAGGAGGCCCUAGCAGAAAAAGAAGAGCUGAAGCAAAGAUGUCAAGAGCUAGAUAUGCAGGUGUGGACAAAGAAUCCUGAUUGGAAAAGAGCUUUCUCUUAUUUCAACUAA